CUUCCUUUAAAUAAUCACACAAACAGCUGGAUGUGGAUGGAAUGUAAAAUGGCAACCACCGGAGAUGAGCAGAAGCAUUUUGUUCUGGUACACGGAGCAUGCCAUGGAGCAUGGUGUUGGUUCAAACUCAAACCUCUUCUUGAGGCUGCUGGCCACCGCGUCUCCGCCUAUGAUCUCUCAGCCUCCGGCACAAACACCAAAGUAAUACAAGACGUGGCUACACUUGCUGAUUACAGUAUGCCGUUGCUGGAAUUCAUGGCCACCAUUCCGCCGGAGAAAAAGGUGGUGCUCGUCGGACAUAGCCUUGGUGGUAUGAACUUGGCUCUGGCCAUGGAGAAGUUCCCGGAAAAAAUCUCUAUAGCAGUCUUCCUCACUGCUUUUAUGCCGGAUACUGUACAUACGCCUUCCUAUGUUUUCGACCAGUAUAACAAAAGCACGCCACCAGAAGCUUGGUUAGACACACAAUUCUUGCCCUACAAUAAUGAAAAUGAGUCUGAAACAUCGAUGUUUUUUGGUCCUGACUUUCUAUCAUUGAAGCUCUAUCAACAUUGCUCCAAUGAGGAUCUUGAAUUAGGAAAAAUAUUGAUAAGGCCCGGAUCUUUAUUUCUAAAAGACCUAGCCGCAGCACAACAAUUUACAAAAGAAAAAUAUGGCUCUGUAAAACAAGCAUAUGUCAUUUGUGAUGAAGAUAAAGCAAUCAAAGAAAAGUUUCAACGUUGGAUGAUCGAAAUCAAUCCGGUGGUUGAGGUGAAAAAGUUGAAUGGUGUGGAUCAUAUGCCAAUGUUAUGCGACCCGAAGCAACUUAGUGUUUGCCUCCUCGACAUAGCACAUAAAUAUGCAUAGUCAUGUUAUUCAUAUUUAAUGAUAAUGUAUUGUUGAUUAUGUGUGAAAAUGCUAAGUUGAAAUUAAUUUCGGUAUCAUUUAAUGUUAAGACGUGACUUUUACCGAUAAGGAAACACAUUUCACCA